AUGGUGGGGGAACACAGCGCUCGCUUGCCCUCUCUCAGCGGCGGACUGGAAUGCGUUGACUUCGUCCAGUCAUCUUCCCAAGCUGCAAGAGAGUCGGACUUCGGCGGAGGUCUCGGGGACUUUUGGAGUUUCAGUCUCGAGGAGCUGUGCAGCGCAUCUUCUGGAACGGCCGCCGAGACACUCGCCUGGCGGGAGGUAUCACAGCUCUUCAUCUCGUGGACAGAGACUCGCGAGAAACUGAACCUAAGGAAGAACGCUUUGACCACACGCUUGCGACGGCUGAUGCUCUUUCUGCCGGGGCGACGUGACUCUCGGACGAGACAUGCGGCCCCGGUGUCGGUGCGGUGUCCCGCGCAGAACGCAGGCGGUCUCCAAGAAGAAGAUGAAGACAUCCAGAGAAACAGAGAGGCUAGGCUCGUGGAGGUUCUAUGUCAGGCGCAAGAAGAAACAGAGGCUCUUCAACUGUUUGAUCGCUUUUUCGAGCUCCUUGAUAUCCGAUGUGGACGCGAAACGCCCUACGCCCUCCCCCGAACACUCGACCAGAGGAACGGAGGCGGCGAAGUGAGACGCGUGGAUGAAUCGCGGAGCGAAGGCUGGCGGCUGGGAGGCCAGUCCAGCGGGCAAUCAACUUCACCUGUCCAUUCCGCCGCUGACGAUCGUCUGAGAAGAGAAAGAACGUCGACGCGGCAAGCUGCCUGUGUCGGUCAGGCGAGCAUUGACGAGGCGAGACUGGAAGUCGAGAGGGAGGAGUUUAGUCCUCUUCCUCUUGAGAAUAGUUUAGGGUACGCUCGGAAAAUAUCUGAUUUAGAGGCUCAUGUAAAGCGUCAAAUGUGCGAGUUCUUUUCGCCUUCUCAGGACACCAUGACUGAUGCAUCUGCAAAGGGAGACGCAUACUCACUAGAAGAAACGCUGAAUCGUUCGUGCUCGCCUGUGCUCGGCGAGAUGAACCAGAUACCUGGCAGUAUAGAGCAAAUGCUCCAAAUUCAGAUAGAACGCAUUCAGACGAUUACCAGCGACAUGGCUACACUUGUAAAGGGCUUUCUGGAGACAAGAGUUUGCGUAUCUUCAGCGCGUUCUAGCAUGCUGACGAACUCUGACAGAAACUCUACAGCAGGUCACGGUUCCGCUGCGAAUGACAAACGAGGAAAGGGGCCGAAGGGUGUUUCUCCUCCGCAGGAAAAAACUCUCUUUACUCGCGGGUCCCAGGGAGGUUCGAGAAAGACAGCGCGGAGUGCUGCGGGAGAAAGCGUGUCUCUCUCGCACUUCCAGUGUCUCGUCCAGUUGCGGCUGCUCUGUGAAGCAGGCGCACAGUCUGUCUCCAAUGAGCAGUUUCCGGAAAAUGAAGAGAGAGUGCCCCCGGACGGGCGCCAGAACCGACCGGAACAGGCCGAGGAAGUGGCUAAGUCAGCAGGAAAUGUCAAGUCUCGUCGAGCACAAGCAGAAACGGUUCGUAGCGCCCUGCUGGAGACUUCAAGUGCCUGCGCAGCGAUUCUGGCUUCCACAGGGGAGGCUCUCAAGUUCUUCGGGGCACUUCAAGUAGCAUGCAGCAGUGGGGAGUUGUGGGAAGAAGAGAGCGAAGCUUCGGAUUCGGGGUUAGAACGCUGUCGCCGUUUUGCUAAUGACCUUGACCAGCUGCUAGACCAGCUGCCUACAUGUACCCGAGCACUUCAGGUUGCGUCGCGCCUCUGUGGCGCCACACAGGUUUCAGCGUUUUUCUGAGCGUUCGACCCGAAAUACAUCACAGUGUGACUCAACGCCGGAUGCUCCUGACGCCAGUCGAUUACAUGAUAUCAGCAGAACUGUUAAAGAGUACAGCACUUCUGAUCCCAGUGUUAAAACCGUUAUAUUUCC